AUGGCGGCCUCCCCAAAGACAAUCGCCUUCUUCGGCGCCACGGGCGGCUGCGGCCUCUCGGCCCUCCGCCGCUCCGUCGCCGCCGGGCACGUGUGCAUCGCCCUGUGCCGCACGCCGUCCAAGCUCGAGGCGCUGUUCCCGGACAAGCCGUCCAACCUGGUGGUGCGCGAGGGCAACGCGCACGACGCCAAGGCCGUGGCCGGGUGCCUGACGAGCCCGGCGGACCAGGGGCGCCUCGUCGACGCCGUCAGCUUCUCCAUCGGCGGCGUCGUCAACAUGGGCAGCCUGUCCAUGGACGACCCGGACGUGUGCAAGAAGGGCGUCGCGGCGCUGCUCGACGCCCUCGCCGACCUGCGCGCAUCGUGGGGCGCCCGCGGCCGGCCGCUGCUCGCCGUCGUCAGCACCACGGGCAUCUCGGAGCACGGCCGCGACGUGCCGCUGCUGCUGACGCCCUUUUACCGCUACGCCCUGCACGCGCCCCACGAGGACAAGAAGGUGGCGGAGAAGAGGCUGUUUGCCAGCCAGGAGCGCUUCGUCAUUGUGCGGCCCAGCCUGCUCACCGACGGCGAGAAGGCCGACAAGAAGAUCCGCGUCCACGUCGAGGGCCCGUCGGGCAUCGAGACCAAGGAGGUGGGCUAUUUCAUCUCGCGCCAGGACGUCGGCCGCUGGAUGUUUGACAAUGUCCUCGACAAGGCCGACUCUGCUGUCGCCUACGAGGGCAAGGCCGUCGGCCUGACCUGGUAG